UCUCACAUCAACUAGCUGAUUCAUACCACCUAUGUGAUCGCAAAGUAAACAGACGCUUGAUAACUACAUAAAUCUUAUCAAUCGUGAUAUCAAAAUGAUAAUAAACGUUCGGAGCAAAUACUCUCUUCGAAAAAUUUAAAAUCAUAGUUCUCACGUUGAAUUACUAUGGUCAACAAUAAGAAUUUUUAAUCAUUUUUUUCUUGUUACUAAAUUCAAUAAUGUCUACCGCGAAUCGUGAAAAAAAACGACGAGUUAGUUAUUUUGUUGGACUAGAUAAUUAUGAUGAUUCUGAAAAUGAAAAUAAAAAUGACAAGAACAAAAAAGAGCAAGAAGAGAUUUAUGGCUGGGAUCUUUUUCGUUUCAUUCCUUUGAAGGCCAAAACUGGGUCCAUGGUUGAGACACGUUUAUAUGAAUUGUGUCUUCAGAUAAUUAGAGUUAUAGCUUAUGCAAGUAUAUUUACCAUCGUUAUUGUAAGUGGAGUAAUUGCAAAAUCAACCAUCUUAUUUGCUAUAUCACAACUAGAACGGAAAGAUAGAUUAAUUUAUUGUGAAUAUAAUGAAUAUGGUGAGAAAACAUUCAAUUUAUCUGCAGAAAAAUACGAAUAUUAAGGGGGUGUUCUAGUGUAGAGGUAUAAAUUUUAGG